AUGGCGAAAGGUGAUGUGAAGCUUGUGGGUUCCUGGCCAAGCCCCUACGUCAAUCGGGUCCAGGUCGCCCUCAACGUGAAGUCCAUCGACUAUGAGUUCAUUGAAGAAAAUCUUGCAGCCAAAAGCAAUUCCCUCCUUAAAUCAAACCCUGUUCAAAAGAAAAUUCCUGUUCUUAUCCAUGCCGAUAAGCCCAUCUGCGAGUCCCUUAUUAUUAUCCAGUACAUCGAUGAGUGGUUUCCGUUAAUCGGGGAACUUAGGACGGCACAAGGGGAGGAGGCAAAGGCUGCAGUGAUAGAGAGAAUAGUUGAAGGGUUAUUGUUGUUGGAGCAAGUGUUUGACAAUUGUGGCAAAGGGAAGGUUUUCUUCGGUGGUGAUAGUAUUGGGUACCUUGAUAUUGCUUUGGGUUGCUUCUUGGGGUGGCUGAGGGUGGCAGAAAUUACAGCUGAUGUGAAGCUGCUGAGUGAAAGCAAGACACCAAAGUUGUUGGGAUGGGCUGAGAGGUUUUAUUCAAAUGAUGCUGUUAAAGAUGUAGUACCAGAGGCUGAGAAGCUUAUAGAAGCUCUAAGAUAUAAGCAGGCAGGGGAAAAGCUCCAGCUUUAA